UAGCCAAAAGUCGGACGAGAUUGCUGCAAAAUUAAAAACAUCUUCGGUCACACGCGCGCAUAUAUUGCAUACACACAGGAGCAAAAAAAGCAAGCAAAGCAAAAAGAAGAAAGAAUAAUAACAAAAAUACUUCCGACUUUAGAGACUUUUACACAGAUGUGUAUAUAUUUUAGUGUGCAUAGCUUAUAGUUAGAUACAAAGUGACCGAAAGGAGCAAGAGCAAAGCCGGACUAUCGUCUCAAGUUAUAAACCCCCUCUUAUAUAUUAUUAUAUAUUCUUUAACUUGGUAAAACCAUCAUCGUCGGCAAAAACCACCCCUUCGAGAAAUUUUCUCUAUAUAAAAUUUAGUGUAAUUUUCUUCUCUUAAUAAAUAUUUACCCACACACCACCGGGGCGCCUCGUUCCGUCGUGCGUUCCGUUGAGGCGCCUUUGGCUUCAGAUCCUUUUGCCUCUCGUGUCGUGGGUCGGAGUUCGAAGAGAAGAUAGAUUCGCCACGCCGUAAGGAGCUGCCAUCAUCCUCGUGUGUCCGUCUUCUUACAUAUUAUCGUAGCUUCAGAGAAAGUCGUGCACCACAUCUAACUCGACUCUCUUACGGUUCGGACCUAAAACGUACACGCGGCGUACAUUUUCUUAGAUUCGUUGUCGAAACGCAAAAAAAGUACCAAAACUCAAAACAAAUUCAAACCAAAUCCACCAAGUCACCAUCAGAGAAUAUCCCGGGAUUCGAGUUUGUGAAAUCAAUUCAAUCAGUUUCGCGAAGAAAAAAAAACACAAAACCAAACAACCGUGUUGAACAGCUUUUGAACGGCUCUUUGAACAACCUUUAAUCAGCUCAAUCUGCACUCAGAGAAAACAUAGAAACAGAAUCACGAGAUGGAUCAUCAGCAAAACCGUGAAUGAAUGAUCGCUGAACGAUUCGUUACGCGAGGAUUACUUCUCUCAUCAACAUCCGUAGUGUGUGGUUUUCGGCGGUAUCCUUAGAAGAAGUUUGAAAAAGUGUUGCGCGCAAAAAUCAUGGCCUUCAAUCACCAGCUCUCGUUGGCCACAAGUCUGCUGAACUCCAAGGAUAUUGUUCGUGCCACCGGAUCCGGUUCACUGCCCACCGAAACCAUCCUCGGGGCCGUGGCCGGAAGUCCUCGCAGUAGAUCAGUGUUCACACCCUCAGCGGUGUCAAUCUUGCUUUGAACAAGUUCUUUAGUUGGAUUUUAAGUUAUACAAGAACCAAAUAAACGACUAUAUCUAGUGUGUGUGUGACUCAACAAACAUGUUCUCAAAAAUGGCAUAUAAAUACAUCAAAUCGUCUUGUUUCAUUAAUUGUGCAUAAAAAAUAAACAAAACCAAACAAACAUAGGAAAGACUUCUAAACGAUGCUGAAGACCAAAAUACGUGGAAGACAAAAUGAAAAAAUCACGAAAACUGGUCAAACUGUUGCAAAAUGUCAUCCGAAAGAAAUGAGUGAAAAAUUAUGUGAAACUGCAAAAUGGUCAGACAACUACAAUGACGAUUGAUGCGGUUGGCUCCCGUACUGCCAUAGGCCAAACCGAUCCGAUCGUACAUCGUAUCAAAGCUAGAAUAAAAAGUAUGAUAACGUCUAGUUAAAUAAACUAAAACGCAAAUAAUAGUAAAAGAAACACUGAAAAAUUUUCUCCCCCCGAACAAAAAACAAAGAAUGCUCUCACCACCAGCACCGCCACCUCAAAGUGUUGUGUGGUAGCAGCAGGUAGUAGCAGAAGCAGCAGUAACCCAAUCCCCCAAGUUUAGUUUGUCGCAAUUUUUUACUACUGCAAAAAAUCCCCACGACGACCACCGGAAACAACAACUCGGAAUCAUCGGAGAAGACCAGUGAGAGUGAAAAUUUUCUGACCAAUUCGAAGAAUCAGAAGUCUGAGUGAAGAGUAUCUUUAAGUUUGAGCUAACAAAAAAAAACAGAAUUCAAUCAACAAAACACGUAAAAAGUGCGAAAUCGAUAGAAGAACAAGAAGGAAACUGUACACACGGAUAAACUAAACUGAAUGAAGCAAAAACUGAUAUAAACUCUAAGUAGAGAAGAAGAAAAGUGCAUGACGGUGACAUGUGCCGAAAGAGUGCGAAAAUAGAGAUCUAAGAAGCCACGCGAACGCUAAAACUAAGGGAAGUUCCCUCGUGGAAACGAGGAAUUCGCCAUCACCAGCGAGUAUUGAACGAAGAAACAAGAGAAGAAUUCCCCGGAUUUGACAUCAGCCCAAAACAAUAAAAAUACGAAGACAAAAACAUAAAAAAAUAGUGAAGACAGCAGUGAUAGUGUGUGUGUUCAGUGAGAGAAAAAGAAGACAGCAGAAGGAAUACUCGUCCCCGCAAAACAAACAAAGUGAAAGAAAAACAAACAUAAACAGGAGAAAGUGAAAGUGAUUAAACAAACAGAAAAAAAACUGGCAGAUAAACUGCAAGUGCAAAGCAAAUAAAAAUAUUCAUUUAAAUUCAAACCAAACCCCCGAUUAUCCCACAUUCAAUUCAACCGAUUCGACUUGUACCCGAAGAUUACCAAAACAGCCAGGUCCAUGCGAUGGAAGGGGAAACAUAAGGCCGGGUUAAGCGAGGGGUACUGUUCGGAAUUGUUGGAAGGGGCACUCGCCAGUCGCCGUUUUUGCCUUCGCCGUCGUCAACGUUCAAGUCGUCGUAUGAAUCGCCGACGUGGGUCUUGGUAUUGCCAUCGUUCUACUAGUGCAAGUCAUAGUAAGAAUCAGCAGCAAGCAGGGCAACAACAACAACCGUGGGGAGGGGAGAGUUUCUCCCACCUUGGUGCACUGGUCUCUGGGCCAAUAACGUUGUUCGCCACUUAUGAUGUCAUCAGAAGAGGACACUGAUUCUUUCGGUUUGUACGUCGAUAAGUUGCUAAAGAAAAACAAACGAGCCAGACAGCGCGUAGACGCGGGAGAGCCAAGAAAUAGUUAUUCUUCGAUACCGAACUUUAGUUCCAGACCGUCGUCCUUCAUGAGCGGUGGUCUAUACGGGGCUAUUUUUAGCCAAAGCCAGCAGCAUUUCGGUGGACUGUUUGGCUACGGGCCAGCCAACAAGAUGCUCAACGAGCUCUUGGGAAGACAAGUGAAGCAAGCACAGGACGCCAGCGAUCCGGACAGUAUCAGUAUGCUAUCAUCGAUUGAGGCAGCCAACGCAGCGGAUAAUAGCAAUACCCCAACGAGCAAGCAUGGAUUCGAGAGUACGACGAAUCUGAACAACAAUAACAGCAGUACGACAAAUAAUAAUAACAGUGCUAACAACAAUUCACCCACUUCAGACGGAUCUGUAAUGAUGGGUCGAAGAAGUAGCAACAGUCAGAGCAACACUGCCAACAACAGUGGAGGCGGUAACAACCAGCAGAACAACAGUAACAGUAAUAGCAGCAGUGGUGUUAUAGACCUUGACGGUGGUUCUAGAACACCACAGCCAAAUGAUUUGGCGCAUCAUAUGUUGCGCAACAUACUCCAGGGCAAGAAGGAACUGAUGGCUCUCGAUCACGAACUUCGAACCGUGAGCAAUCAAAGUUCAGCCCUCGGCGACCGGAUAUCGCCCGAUAAUAAUAAUGUGAUCAGCAAGAACAAUAACAUCUACGACAUUAGCAAGUGUGAAACAGUGAACGGUGGUAGUGGUGACGUUAGUGAUUCUAGCGAACUAGGUGCUAAUAACAACAAGGUGAAUCAGAAGAACAGUGCGACCAAUAAUCAAACCAACAACAGUGAUAACAUCAAUCAAUCGACUAGGCCAAUUUCUCUGGACUCAAACAAUAGCAAUUGUGAUGAUAUGCUAGCCUCGGAACUGGCCCAUACCGAGCGGCUAUUGAACGGUGUGAGUGGUAGUGGAAAUGGUGCCGGUUCAACCGGUGGCCGGUGUUCCAGUGUGAAUCCUAAACAGGAGAAGAGUGAUGUGAUUGACGAGCUGGUGGCAUCGCUUCCGGAUGAGGUCGAUGAAACCAUGCCGUCACCUGCCUCGGGCAGCAACGGUGUGAUAAUUACCAAACAGGAACUGGAUAUGGACGAUUGUUUGGAGGAUAAGGAUCGGGACGAUCGGACACCAAGUCCGGCCCCGAGCAAAAAUGAUUCGGAAUCGUUAACGCUGAAACGGGCACGAGUGGAAAACAUUGUGUCGUCGAUGCGUGCCAGUCCUGCUCUGUUGGGUUCCCAGCAGGGACAGGUUAAUGGAUGCAAGAAACGGAAGCUGUACCACCCGCAGCAGCAUGAUAAUAGCGCCGCUGAGCGGUACGCUGCCGCAGCUGCGGCCGGAUUAAAUCUCGGUCUAACACUGCAGAACUUCAUGCUGGGAGCCAGCGCAGAUCCCGAUGAUGACGACGACGACAUGGAAGUCACUCCGCACAUCCAUCAGAAGCGUGUCGAGAAAGACGUACUUAAGUCCCAGCUGCGAUCGAUGCAGGAACAACUCGCCGAAAUGCAGCAGAAAUAUGUGCAAUUAUGUUCCCGGAUGGAGCAGCAGUCCGAUACCCAGGAGGUGGACGACAGUGCUAGUGACAUCAUGGAGGACGAUUCCAACAACCCGGACCUAUCGCCGGACAAGUCUCUGAUCCAGAGUUCUCCAGCGUCAACCCCGAUCAAGGACAUGGGUAAAAAUGCCGAUGCAUCCAGUAUGCUGCAGAUGAUGAGCAAGAUGAUGUCCGCCAAAAUCCAUAGUCAACUGCCCACGCAUCCGCACAUGCCAGGUGGAUUCAACGGCACACACCUGUUCCUGCAGCAUAUGCAGCAGCAAGCUGGGCUACCACAUGAUGGAAUGAGCCAGCACAGUCAGAUGAGCAACGCCGCCAUGUACCAGAAACUGCUGAUGGAACAGGAAGCGCGGAUGGUGAAAGAAGUCGCCGAGCAGCAAGAAAGGAAUCUUCAAAACUCGGCAAAUCAACAACUACUUCAGCAGCAGGCACUGCAACAGCAACAAAUGCAACAACAACAGCAUCAGGAACGAAAUAACAACAGCCAGCAGCAAAUGAUGCAACAACAGCAGCAGAAUCAACCACCCCAACCCCAGUUGCAAUCUCCUCAGCAUCAAUCAAGUCAAUCCCAGCAGCAACAACAGCAGCAAAUGCAACUGCAACAGCAGCAACAACAACAGCAGCAGCAAAUGCAGCAACAUCAACCUCCCUCCCAGUCGAAUCACAUCUCACCACCCCAAAUGCCACCGAUGCCCCAUCUGCCGCAGAUUCCCAAAGGUUCUGCCAUUCCUUCGGAUCUGACCAAUCGGUUGAACAUGAUGCGAUCGAGUGUCAGCUCGGUAGGACCCAUGUCCGGUUCGGACCUGGAAGGCCUAGCGGACGUGUUGAAAACGGAAAUCACUGCCUCGUUAUCCAAUUUGGUCGAUUCGAUCGUGACGAGGUUCGUACACCAGCGACGGUUCCUAGGGAAACAAUCGGAAGCAGCGGCAGCAGCAGCUGAGCAACUCAACAAGGACCUUAUGAUGGCUUCGCAGCUACUGGACCGUUCCAAGUCGCCGCGGACUAAAGUUUCUUCGGAUCGCGGACCACCCUCCGGCAACAGCAGUAGCAGCCAAUCAGGUAAUGGACCAAUGCUUAAUAAUAAUCUUAACAGUGCACCCAACCCGAACCAGCCUCCCGCUGGCAACCCGAUGAUCCCCGGUCAACAGGGUAACGGGCCCCGACUAAACGGCACAGCGUUUCCUCCGAUGGGAAUGCCGAUGCACGUGAACAACGCGCCCACGCACGAUCCCAAAACCAUGAACAACAUGAACCAGAUCAAUAUGCCACCUCAUGUUCGACCUUCUCCUUCUACAGCUAUGUUCCAAACGCCGAAGCCACCGCAGAACCUCAACUCGGUAGCCGCCGCCGCCCUGUACAACUCGAUGAGUGCACUCGGCAACAGUCAGGUGAAUCCCUUCUGUAUGCCUGAACCUCGAGAAAACCCAGAGCAAGCCGAAGCCCUGAGCCUGGUUGUGACGCCCAAGAAGAAGCGCCAUAAGGUGACGGAUACCCGAAUCACGCCACGAACCGUGAGUAGGAUCCUUGCCCAGGACGGAAUUAUCCCAUCCGGUAAUCCGAUCCAACUAGACCAAAACAAUAGCAAUCAAGGUAGCAACACUGCAAGCAGCAACAGCAGCUUGAACAGUGCAAAUAGCGGCAACAAUAACAAUACCAACAACAACAAUAAUACCAACAAUAGCAAAAAUAACAACCAGCAGCAGUUUAACAGCCAACCACCGAGUGUGCAAGCGAGCACCCCUACCGAGAGCCCCUCUCCAAGAGGAUCGUUCCAUCCGCCACCCCCGUCGAUGCUACCGGUGUCGUUACCAACGUCAGUAGCGAUACCGAACCCCUCCCUGCACGAGUCCCAAGUGUUCUCGCCGUACAGUCCCUUCUUUAACCCUCAUGGCCCCCCUCACGGUGGUCCUCACGGACCACAGCCUUCACAGUUCCAUCACAUGAAAGUGUCGUCGAGCCCGCCGGGCAUGAACGGCAUGAUGGACCCGCGAGACUCGCCCCCGCUACCACACCCACCCACGAUGCUGCACCCGGCACUGCUGGCAGCUGCCCACCACGGCAAUUCGCCCGACUACGGCCACAUCCGGGCGUCCAUGGACGUCAACGACCGCAACUCGGACUGCAACUCGGCGGACAUCUCCUACAACGGCAUGGAGCCUACUUCGUCGACAUUGACUCCGAUGCAUCUGCGCAAGGCGAAGCUGAUGUUCUUCUGGGUCCGGUACCCGAGUUCGGCCGUCCUCAAGAUGUACUUCCCGGACAUCAAGUUCAACAAGAACAACACCGCCCAGCUGGUCAAGUGGUUCUCCAACUUCAGGGAAUUCUACUACAUUCAAAUGGAGAAAUACGCCCGGCAGUCGGCGAGCGAAGGCAUGAAGAAUGUGGACGACAUCCAUGUGAGCAACGACAGCGAGAUCUACCGUGUGCUCAACCUGCACUACAAUAGGAAUAAUCAUAUCGAGGUGCCCCAAAAUUUCCGAUACGUCGUUGAGCAGACGCUGCGGGAGUUCUUCCGCGCGAUACAGGGCGGUAAGGACACCGAGCAGUCGUGGAAAAAGUCGAUCUACAAAAUCAUUUCCCGACUGGAUGAUCCCGUGCCAGAGUAUUUCAAGUCGCCCAACUUCCUCGAGCAGCUGGAGUAAGUUGCGGAGCGUGCGAGCCGUCUACCAGUACCAGAACAAAACAAUAAACCUAACACAAUAAAACAUUACUAGUAAACAACACAGAGCAACCAUUGUUUGGCGGAAAGUAGGCAGCGAAGCGAGCAGACGGAGAUAAAAUUCGCCAUCACUGCCUCAACGUCAGAAACCUGCAAACACCGAAUCAAUAACCAAAAUAACUGAGGGAAAAAGAGUAAAUAAUAAAUUUAAACAGAGGGAAAACAAAGACAAAGAUAAGAAGUUACUUUAUUAAUUAUAAAUUUAAAGCAAAUUAUACAAAAUUGUUAUCUAAACAAAUUUAAUGCAAAAAAGAAAUUUAAUUUUAGAGAAAGUAAAAGUAACACAAAGUAUAAAUAUAUUGUUUAAAAACAGGAAGGAGGAGAAGCAAAAAACCAAAACCUAAAAACCAAGAACAAACCAUCUAAUAAGCGAAAGCAUAAGACAUAAGAAAAGUAACAACAAUUUGUGGUUCCUAAUAAUGUAGUGUGCUUACGUCCGAAACAAAAAAAAAACACAAAGAGGAAAAAGUAAGGGAAGCAGUCAGACGGCAAGCAAAAUUUCAAAAAACAAAAAAAAUACAUAACACAAAAAGUACUUAUACGAGACUCGGUAUACUCGCGUUUAGGCCUUCAUUUCAGAAAACAACCCAAAUUUUAAGGAAAACCCAAAAAUUCAUUCAAAACUCAGUCGGCGGAGGAAUAGAUUUAACGUGAAAUUAAUAAAAAAGGGAAACUUCUAAAUUUAAAUGUUUUGAAAACGAAACUAACCUCAAGAAACGAAAGCGAGCAACAGCCCCACUCUUUGGCGUAAAAUAUCACGGGAUCGGGUCGGCAAUUUUGGGAGAUAUGUGAAAGGAUGUAUAAGAACACCAAAGGAAUGCGAGCAAACGACUGCGUCGCGAGAGAGUAAACUGUAUUGCAACUAGGGACGUUCUUUCGGAUUGCAAAAAUAACUACUAAACAAUGAAAACAAUCAUCUACAAAGGGUGUUAGACGAUGGUAGGAGACAAAAAAGACAUUCAGGAGCAGUCAAAAUCGUAGACAACUUUUGAAGCAACCUAACACUGAAAACAUGUGAAAAUGGAUAAAAAUAUUGUAAUUAACGUUUUGGCUCAGGGUUGACCAAACCCGAGCGUUACAACUAUGCGUUUUGUCUUAUUUCUAACUUGUUUGUACAAUGUUCAGUUGUAAUUAUUUUCGAAUGGGGAUACUUUCGGUUUGCAAUAGCGUUAAAAAUCCCGCGCUGCAAAUCGAAAACGGUCGCCCACCAAUGUCUAUACUGAUUUAAUCGAACCAGGAACAUGAUGGAGAAAAUAUGAACUUUUGGCGAAACUAAAAUUAAGAACAAGCGUGAAAUACAUGAACAUUAUCCAAAAUCAAGCUUUUAGAUCUAAGAAAUUUCGGCGGAAAUGGGGCUUAGCUUGCUCGGUUUCUUUUGCACCCGUAGGCGUUACGUACCGUUACGCACGAAUCAGGAUUGCGCACCGAUUUUAAAUUCAAAAAUGAAAACUUGUAAAUAAUGCAAAAAAGGGGGAAAAUGAGCGCGGAUAUUAUUUAUUAUUUUCGGUGAAAAGUGUAUAAUAAACUAUUGAUUUUUUUCAUAAUUGUACAAAAUUGUAAUCAAAAUUUUAAUCGACGGAGCGAAAAAAGACAAGUGAUUUAUUUAUUUCCAGAUAGUUGACCCGGUGACUGUUUUAGGUAGCAAAAUUUGUUUUCGUUUUUUGGAUAAACUGUUUUGGCAACAAAGUUUAGGCAAAAAAAAAUUAAAACCGGGUAAAAUGUUUAGGCUGUUUUACGCUUUAGUUUUCAGUCGCUCGGGUGAAGAUUUGCCAAACAUUAGGUAAAUGUUUUGGAUUUUAUUGACACUGGAAGUCUCGGCGGAAUGUUGGAUGGUGAUGCACCAUGACAGGUGUAACGCUGCGUAACGUGUACGGUCAAGAUUGUGAAAAAAAUCAUAGCAAGCGAAGUGCGCGGCGGUUUAGAACCAAAACAACACGUUGUUGAAAAUUGACAAAAGUAAAACUCUUUCGGCGUAAGUAAGACAAAAACCUAUGAAAACAAAACAAAAAUUUUGUAGAUAGUCGUGUUCGUGCAGUAAAGGCAAAAGAAAUCUUUUCCUCUAACAAUUAAGGCGUAAACAUUCCAAAUUCUAGCGGUGUACAUUUUUUGAACGCAAAAUUUCCAACGCCUGCUGCGUCACAGCGCAGGUUGUUCAUAUAUCUAGGACAUUAGGAUGGUACCACUAUUAUAUUGUUUAGCGAUUAAGUGAAAUUUUAUGCUUAUUAUUUGUGUCUUAAGUUUGCAUUAUAGAGCGCUUGAUGGAUGGGUCGCUUUGACGCUCAAGUAGGUUUCGAGUUUCGGCAGCGGUCUUUCGAAAUUCGAUUGACGCAUCACAAAACAAACCUUUAGGCCAAUUCCAUAACUAGAAAUUUUCUGCAAUAGUGUGAAGGGAGACAGAAUAAAUACUCCCUAAUUGGACUGAACGAGAAAGGAUCGCUUUCUGGAACUGUGAAUCCAGCUUUGAAGUGUCUAAACGAGCAACUCAUUCCAAAUCAUCGCCAAAAUCUAAAUCAUACCAAAGUUAAUCAAACGUAACAGAUAAGUUUCCCCCACUAGUCUCUACUUGUAUGAAAUCACUUUGACUGAGUUGUAUUGGAUAAUUUCACGUAUCGAGUAGAGGAAGAAAUCAUUUUCCGUUAGUUUACGACGUGGUGCGGGAAAAUUUCUUGUAAAAGGUAAAUUCAGCAAACGAGGUACAAAUGGUGUACAUUUCUACGAAGCAGAAAAAAAACCUAACAACUAGCGGUAGUAAGCGUAACCUUUUCAAGCAAAAACAAAAUUAGAACGAUAAACAACGUUUUAUUGUGAGUUUCCUAGUCUUGUGUAUCGAAUAAGUUCAUCGUUUCUGAAAAGGAAAUUAAACGCAAACGCCCGAGCAUGAAAAUUUCGGCGUGCAAAUUAUCUAAGGUAUAAACCAAUCACACGGUUCUUUCAAAAACGUUAAGUAAAAAUUUGGAAAUUUUG